AUAUUUUUUUCAAUUUAUAAAUCCUUAUGAAUGUGGGUUUAAAUCAUUUGGGACAAGGAUAAGAAAUUUUAGUUUGGGGUUUUUAUUAUUGUUGGUUUUUUUUGUGGUUUUAGAUGUUGAAAUAGUAUUAUUGUUGAAAAUGGGUUUAUCUGAUGUUUCAUGGGGUUCUUUGAUUUAUUAUUUAUUUUUUUUGAGUGUUGUUGUAUUUAGUUUUUUUUAUGAAGUAAAGUAUGACUGUUUGUUUUCAAAACAAAAAAUAAGCCUUGGGGUUUUAAAUUUGAAAAUGAAAAAGAAGAUAGGUGUGGUUUAUUUGUUUUUGGGUAUGUGGUCUGGUUUUGUUGGAUUGGGUCUUAGUAUGAUAAUUCGUUUAAAUUUAAUGAGUCCGUAUCAUAAAAUUAUUUCUACUGAGUUGUAUAAAUUUACCAUAACAAGUCAUGGAAUAGUAAUGAUAUUUUUUUUCUUGAUGCCUGUUUUAAUAGGGGGGUUUGGUAAUAUUUUGUUGCCAAUAUUUACACGACAGGGCGAUAUGAAGCUUCCACGAAUUAAUUCUUUUAGUUGCUUAUUAGUAUGUAUUUGGGUUCAGGUGUUGGGUGAACAUUUUAUCCACCACUCUCUAUAUUUUUCUGGUAGUGGUGUGGAUUAUAUGUUAAUAUCUUUACACCUAGCUGGGUUAUCUAGAAUGUUAGGGGCAUUAAAAUUUAUUAUAACCUGUAAUUGUUAUUUUUAUUCCACUUGUUCUGGCUUAGACUCUAAGCUAUACAUAGAUUGGGUACUUCGUACCCCGAUGUUUGUGUGGGUUUUGGCAGGGGCUAUAACGAUGCUUUUAUUUGAUCGUAAAUUUGGAACAUCUUAUUUUGAUCCAUUGGGUGGUGGUGAUUCUAUAAUGUUUCAACACAUGUUUUGGUUUUUUGGACAUCCCGAGGUUUAUGUUUUAAUACUACCUGGUUUUUCUAUGAUUGGGCACAUAUGUACUGAAUUAAGAAAUUGGGAGUCGCCAGUGGGAUAUUUGGGCAUGGUGUUAGCAAUGUUUUCUAUUGUUGUACUAGCCCACCACAUGUUUACAGUUGGUAUGGAUAUAAAGAGUAUAUCAUUUUUUAGUGCUGUUACAGCAUUAAUUGGUAUACCAACUGGUGGUAUAACUGGUAUAGUGUUAUCGGCCUCAAGCUUAGAUAUUAGGUUACACGAUUCGUGGUUUGUUGUUGCUCACUUUCAUUAUGUGCUAUCACUUGGUUCCUAUAGUACUGUUGUUUAUGCUCAGGCACACUGUAUUGUUUCUGGUGUUGGUUUUAAUUUGUGUUUUUUUCCGAUGCAUUAUUUUGGUAUGUGUGGUUUACCACGUCGAAUAUGGCUAAUGAUUGUUUAG